AUGGCAGCUGGACAGGCUUCAGGAAAUCAACAACAGUCAGGUAUUACUGGAAGUAGACCAAAGUCCAGCCAUGGUAAAACAAAAAAAGCACCUGGAACACCAAAUGCUGGUGGUCAAAUCCCCACAGUUAAGCUUAUUUAUAAUUACAAGCAGAUUAAAUGUAUGGAGAAAUCAGAUUUCUUUAAAAGUCGCAUCCCAUCUGGUAUAGCUGUAAGUAUUGAAGGAGAUACAAUUGAACUUAAAGGUAAAGAUAGGCAAGUUCUAAAACUUGCUAAAGAUAGUGUGGAAAAGUGUAAAGAAAGUUUAAAGUUAGCAUCUCUUAGCAUUCACAGUAUACAAGCACUAAUUUUGAAAAAGUCUGAUGUUAUCAAUUUUAUAAAUGAAUGCCUUGACAUUGAUAACAUGGUUGUUACAUGGGAUGUUGUUGAAGUUGCUGACCAAGCACGAUUAAAUGUAUUUUCUUUUGACAAAAAAGAAGCAGAUGAAAUGAUUAAGAAAGUGAUGGCCUGUAUUGUUGAAGAAAGAGUUAAAGUCCAGGAAACUGGGCUUCCAUGGUUUCAGAAUUUAUUGAGAAAGGAACAAUCAAAACUAACAACAACUAAAUCAUCUGCUGGAGAUAUCAUAGUUUAUACAACUAUUGAUGUCAGAGAGAAAUACUUUGUAGUAAACAGGCCUUCUCCGGUAAACUUAUCUAGUUCUGUGGGUCAACAACAUGCUUCAAAUUACCUGAUCACUGGUACAGAUCCAAUAGAUCCUACAAAACAGCCAUCCACAGCAAACCAACAAGCAACCCCUAGAGAUAACAAACACAAACACAAGGAUUCAAAAGAAAUGGAAGAGAAACAAGCACAUGAUUCUAAGCAAACAAAACUAGAGUAUGUUGAAGCAUUGAUUAACCUAAGUUUUCAACAAAUUAAGUACAUAAACCAAUUUCUGAGUGAACAGCUGCUCAGCAUUUGCAAAAAGAAUGUUAUUGAAUAUGAGUUGGUUGAUAACAAUAUUGUUUUACAAGGAACUUCAAAGAAUGUUACUUUAGUGAAGAAAGAAAUAUACACACUCCUGGAUGGCUAUCCCAUCAAAAGUGAACAAGUUUAUUGUGGUAAGCCUUUUGUAUCAGAUGAAUGUAGGCAAAAUUGGAAAAAAAUGGAAAAAGAUAAAAGAUGUGUGAUAAAAGCACAGCAAUGUAAGAAACCAUCAAUAGAAUCAGGUUGGGUAAUUAAUAGUGAGGAGCCUAAAAUGCAUAUCAUUUAUCUAAAAGGACCAAUAUGGUUAGCAGAUGUGGAUGUGAUUCUAUGUCCAGUUACAGAUCAAUUGUUUCCAGUUGGCACAACUACUGAUUCACUCAAAGAAGGUAUAGACCACACAUCCCAAAACAAGUAUUUCACAGUUAGAGAUGAAAAACCUGGUUCUAAAUGGGAAGUUGGUGAAGUGAUACCUGUAAAUGAAACUGGAAAUUUAGGCUGCCAAUGUUUGUAUCUAUGUGUACAAGAUCAGAUAAAGAAAGGUGUUGUUAACGAGAAAGCAAUUGAGAAUCUUGCAAAAAGGAUAAUUGGAAACCUACAAAUGCAUGGUUACCAAAGUGUUGGUUUGGUCAUUAGUUAUGAUGAUGUUAAUCCAGCUUUGAAGACUUUUCUGUUUUCACUGGCAUCACAUUUAUGGAAACACAGUGCAGGAUUAAAAUUUCCUAUUCUGCUAUGUUGCUAUUGUGAUAGUGAGGAAGAAAUGGAGAGCUUUGAUAAGCACCUAAGGAAAAGUGUUAAAAUACAGGAUUUCCUGUAUAUGGCAAUUUUAGAAAACUUAGAGAUGAAAGGGCAAAAGAAUGUGGAUAUCAGUAUAAUGGUCCAUGAAGGCUCCAUUCUAGAUUUUGAUAGCAAGGUUGAUGUCAUAGUGAAUUCUGUUGGUACAGACUUGAAUCUACAAAAUGGUCUUGUGUCCAAAAUGUUAGUUGACAAAGCAGGACCUACAAUUCAGGUUGAAUGUAACAAGCAAUACAAGGAUGGGACUGAUAUUGGACAGAUAGUUGCUACAACAGCUGGCAAACUGAAAUGUAAAAGGAUAUUUCAUAUUACUUUGUAUACACGCUGGGUUUCAACUGGAAAUCUAUCAAUAGAGAUCCUGAAAAACUUAGUGACUAGAUGUCUGGAGAAAGCAGAAGAAACUGGAUCAAAUUCCAUAAUUUUUCCUGCAUUAGGAACAGGUACUUUAGGAUAUCCUCCAUGUUUAGUUGCCAAGACAAUGUUUGAUGCAGUGUAUGAGUUUGGAAAGACGAGAAAUCCUAAGCAUUUGCAGAAGGUUCACUUUGUGCUGUUUGAAAAAGAAGUGGUUCAGCUUUUCCGAAAUAUCAGUGAAUGGAAGAAGAUAACAAAAAAAGAAAAAACUGAAUUUCAUGUGCCUCUUAAACAUGUUAUGUUGGUGGAGAAAGAUAUAGAAACAAGAAUUAUGAUAUCAGAUCGUGAUUACUACAGUGGCCUGCAUUACAAAGAAUUGCGUAUUGUGUUAUCAGAAAAAGAUGACAGUGCGUGGAAGUUGGAAUGGGAUUUGUCUAGUGGAUCUUAUGCUACAUUAGUAAGGACAGCUCAAAGUGAAAGUCAAGUUCAGCAUUUUUUCCAGAAAAUCAUUUGUAUGAUGGAAGAAAAAAGAUUUCAUGUGGUGGAUAUUUGUUUUCACAACAAUACUUUAAGAGUACCUUUACAGAAACAUAUUGAUAUUCUGCGAAAUGAGCUCAGAGCACACAGUGAUUCCAUAGAGCAAUAUAACAUCAAGCUUAAAGGAAAGAAAAAAUUAUUGAAAGUGAAUUACAUCAAAACUGUGCGAUUAUUUGUUAUGUCAGAUGAAUAUUGUGCCUUUGUGAAUGACAUAUCAAAUUCUAAUAGAAAAACAGAUGGAUUAGGACUUUACCAUAUUUCAGAUAAAUGUGCCUUUCCAUUUCUGAUAGAAGUAAUGGGACAAAAGAAGGAUGCCAUGGAAGUCAUGAAAACUGUAAAACAUGAUAUUUCUUCCAUUGAGGCGACCAUGAGGCUAGAAAUAAAGAUUAAGCAAAAUCAACUUAAAGAGGCAAAGAAGAAAUUAAAAAAGCUGAAAGAUAGCGGUCCUAAAUUUUCAUUUGAUGAGGAUUCCUGUUCAAUUGUGUUUGAAGGUACAAAAUCACAAAUUAAUAAGGCAAAAAAAGAUUUGGAAAACUUUCAAGAAUUAGAGAUUUGUUUAGAUAUGAAUGAAGAGGACUUUACUGCAUUGCUAUACAUCACCAGUGAAGACCCGUGGAGAUUGCAUUUACGACACUCUUCUUAUUCAAAGGGAAAAGCUAUUUUCCAAAUGGAGUCCUCUGCUAACCUUGAAAAGUUGACCCGUUGUAUAGAAAGUGAAUUAAAUAACAUACACCAACUAGCAACUUCAGAAGUUGUACCACCACAAAAAUUUGAAGAUCAGUUUUCAACGCUUCAAUCAGAAGUUGAAGAUGUUGAACAAGGUAUAUUCUGCUUCCUGUCUAAUGAUAAGUCAAAAAUCAUUAUCAAGGCAUCAAAGUAUGAACAAGCCCAACAAGCAAAAUAUAUGGUAGAAGUAAACCUUGGUAUGGUACAACAAGGUGGUGGACGUAGAAAUAGGAAAUUUGCAUCACCUGAUGAAAUUGGUCCUGGGCCUGUUGCUAGUCCAAGUAGUUCUUCUGAGGUAACUAUCAGAGGUGGAAUAAACUUUAAAACCAAAGAAGGUAUUGUUGUCUUUGUUUAUUCAACUGGUAUUGGAAACCUUAAAGUGGAUACUUUGGUAAAUGCUGCAAAUAGGGAUCUAAUGCAUGGUGGUGGAAUAGCAUACCAUAUCAGUAAUGCAGCUGGUUAUAUCUUGGACAAAGAAUGUGAUGAUUACAUAAGAGCACAUGGGCCUUUAAGUGUGGGAACCUGUUGUUCAACGACUGCAGGAAAACUACCGUACAAGACCAUUAUUCAUGCAGUUGGUCCAAUGUGGCACUCAUAUAAACACGAUAGGAAGCAGCAUUGUUUAGAUGAUUUAAAGAAGACCAUCUUGUCGGCUCUAGAAGAAGCUGGGUCACAGAAAUUGAAAUCUAUAGCAAUUCCUUCUAUCAGCUCAGGUAUAUUUGGUGUGCCAAAGGAGCUGUGUGCCAAACAGUACUUUAGAGCAGUAGUGGAGUACAGCAGAAACUCGGCAACCUCGUCAGUCAGAGAAAUCCACUUUAUUGACAAAGACAGGGGAAUGUGUAGCUUGAUACAGAAAACAUUUGAGAAAGAAUUUGGAUACAAAGGUCAACAGAUGUAAUGAAGUCCAGUGGACUUAUGGGUCAAAGAUUUUUGUUUUAAAGCGCACUAGUUAUUAUCAUUUAAUUCACUAAUUGUUGAAUCAUAAUCAUGUAUUUAACCACAUUUUUGUUCAAA